AUGGGUGAUUAUUAUUUAGAAUUUCUGCAACAAUAUCUUCACAAUGUGAAUUUAAGGAAAAAGGUAUUAUGUGUGUUUCUAGAUAGGUGAAAGAACUAUUGAAAGAAAAGGGUGAGAUCUAAUAAAAAUUGGAGAUGCUGGAAGUAAUUUUAAACGAGAUUAAAAUAGAAAGAGGGUAACAACCAUUCCUUUGAGGAAAGAAAGAAGAGAUUGAGGAGUUUGGCAAGUGAAAUCUAACGCAAUUUUGAAUGUCCAUUAACAAAGUGUAGUAAGAAAUAUGGGUAUGAUACAUUUCCAUUUGUGAAUUAGAAGUGAAGGUUCCUUGAAUUAGCAUAUCAAACUAAAACACCCUGAACUAGUUAAUAAGAGUUGA